AUGGCAAGCUAUGCCGCUGUGGCAGCGCAAGGAGCAAUGGCAACAAGUAUACACAGCCCACAAAACACAAGACCACCUGCUCAAACGCAUCGUGAGAUCAUCGUGAAUAUUAGAAAUGCACAAACGAUCCUCCACCUGCGGGCCAUGAACCCACGCAACCUGAAAGCCCACGUCGAGCAAGCUAUAGCCCAGGGCGGAGUAACUAACGCAAAGGUCAUGUCUGUCAACCAACUCAUGAGCGGAGAUAUCAGUAUAAAAACGGUCACGCCGAGCGAAACACAAACGCUCAGACAGUCCGCCCAGGAAUGGGUCCCUAGGAUAGGGAACGGAAUGUCAAUACGCCGCCAGACGUACGGUGUGCUCGUGCACAGCGUAUAUACUAAAGAUGUAGAUAUGGACAGACUGGACGAGAUCAAUGCUGCUAUCUUGAGUGAGAACAAGCCUUUCAUCCCAACAGCAGAAAUCAAAUACAUCGGAUGGCUCAGUCGGAAGGCACAGACCAAGAGGAUGUCCACGCUGGUAAUCGAGUUUACUAAGCCGGAGGAUGCGAAUAAGAUCAUUGAUGAGGGGUUAACAUGGCAGGGGUGCCACCAUGACACCGAGAGAUACGAACGACAAUGCCGCCUGAAGCAAUGCUUCAACUGCCAGAAAUACGGCCACAUAGGAACCCAAUGCAAAGCCAGAACAGCAUGCGGCCACUGCGCGCAAGAACACAACUCCCGGGACUGCCCUUCGAAAGCCGACACACCCAAGAAGUGCGCGGGUUGCAACGGCCCGCAUGAGUCCUGGAACCGCCAUUGCAAGAUCAGGAAGGAACAGCUUACCAGGACCAAGGCGGCGUACGACAACCGACCCAAGUACCACCCGGUACUGGGGACCCCGAAGCCGGUAGCCCAGGUUGGAAACCCCACAACCGGAAUGAAGAGACAACGGUCAACGAGGGACCUGACCGCCUCCCAAGCAGGCCGGGCUUCGAAGCAGACCAAUACAGGGCGGGCCAGCGGCGAGGGGAACAAGGAGAACGAAUCGCCGGCAAACAGCCAGAGGCCGCAACGCGUGAUACAACUAUCACGUAAGGCACUGGAGGCGCGAGACACUAAUGCAACCACCAAUAUAGAAAUAGAAGAGGACAUGGAUAUGACCCCCAUAUAA